AAGAUCGACCAAUACUGGCACAACUCCGGCCCCUGCGGCCUCAUAAUCCGCACCGCACUUCGCACCCUCCAGUUCACCUUCGCCAUAAUAACCGCCGCCCUCUACGGCAUCGACCUCACCCACUCCACCGCAACCUCCGCUCCCGCAGGUUCUGAAUGGAUCUACGCCGAAGUUGUCGCCGCCCUCUCCGCAAUCACCUGCAUAGUGCACUGCUUCGCGACAGUCACCCGGGUCGGAUGGUGUACUUGGGACUUUGUGCUGUUUGUGCUGUGGAUGGCGCAGACGGGUGUCUUUGGGAAUAUUUACGUGAAGAAGGACAUUGAGGGGGAUUAUGUGCAAGCUACAGAGAGUUUGGGGAGGAUGAGGGCAGGGGUAUGGAUUGGGCUUGUUUGUAUGGCGCUUUGGUUGGCGACGUUUGUGCUUGGGGUGGGGUGGUGUUGUAGGACGAGGAAG